CUAUGGAUAUUAUUCUGUGGACGUGAUAGUGCGUACAUACUUGUCUGUGCAUUGUCUACAUUCAUUUUGUACGUAAAAGAUGGCGGAUUGCAAGGAGAAUUCAGAAGAAACUAGUUGCUCAUCACUUGUUCUGAAAGUUGAUCCACCUGAGGAGAUACCAGAAAACAUUGUCGAAGAUCCAACUAAUAGUACUUUAGAUCAUCGAUCAUCUGAUUCAGAUACACAUGAUAAACCAGAAAAUCAUACAGUGGAAUUAAAGGAUCGUGAAUCUAUAUCAUCUGUCAAACCUCCUAAUAAGAAACAUUGUCCUGUGUUAGCUGCUUCAAAAUUGGGAAAUUCAUUCGGUAUCAAUGAAUUUUCCAAUAUACCUGGUAAAUCAAAGUCAUCUAUAUUAAGGCCGUCACAAUUAAGUGCUGUUGCAAACAAUUCUACAAGUUCCAGUGACAAAACUGUUUUACAACCUGCAAAAUUUCAUAAUCCUUUUACAAAAAGUGAUAAUUCUUUAGAGGAAGAUAAAUCUCCUGUAAAGAAUAAUAAGAAUGAAGCAAGCGAAAGUUCUAACAAGGAAGAAAAGUCUACAGAAGAUAUAAAACCAAAAUUUUUACCUCUUGGUAUAAAUGCAAAAGAAAAUGAAAAUAAUGUAAAUAGUACUGUUGCAUCCAGCACUUCUGCUCCUGGCUUUGUGUUUGGUCAGAAUUUAAAAGAACGUGUAGCUGUUUCAAAUAAUGCAGAAAGUUUGGAUAAAUCUGAAAAAGAUGAGUCAAAGAAUGAGGAGACCACCAACGAGAAUGGAUCUUCCGAACUUCUUUUCUCGAGUGCGGCUGCGAAUUGUAAUCGUGCUACGGUAAAGCCAGGAUUAACAUUAACUCAGGCAGCACAGGUGUUAGAAGAAGCUAACCGUGCAAACAAAAGAAAGUAUAGUCAAGUGACAUUGUUGACUGGUGAAGAAGGAGAAACGAAUGUUCUUCAAAUCAAUUGCAAGCUAUUUGCGUUCGAUAAGGUUAGCAGCAGUUGGCAGGAAAGAGGGAGAGGUACUUUGAGACUCAACGAUCGAGAUGAUGAAUCUCGGUUGGUUGGCCGUACAACGGGAACGCAAAGGGUGAUCUUGAAUACAAAAGUAUGGCCUGGUAUGACAGCGGAGCGUGCUGGACCUAAAUCACUAAGAUUAACUGCGAUGGAUGUUCAUGGAGAUAUAAGAAUCUUUCUUGUCCAAGCGGCACUUAACGAAAUUGAUCAACUACACAAUCUUCUUCUACAACGGCUUAAACGAGCGCAGGAACGACAUCCUAAAAAAGUAGCGACAGAUCACUGACAACCGAUCGACUGCUUUGACGCGAGAUGUUAACUGCAGUGCAUCAGUUUAAUAAUUUGUGCAACAUAGAAGUCAUUGAGAUAUACGGAGGAAGAAUUUAAGUCCUUUAAACAUAUACAACUCUAUCUAGUAUGCGCGCAAUAGUACGGCUAUGAUUUGUGCCUUCCUUCGAGAAGUUGCAGCAGCCUUCGGCAGUGUUUUUAUCACUGGAUUUAUCGAAAGAGGACACCGGUAUUUAUCGAAAAAAUAGAAGGAAACGAAGAAGAAAGAUAAGAGAAAACGACAAUCGAGUCGUAACAUAAGUUGUGACAAAAGUGAUUCCUUGUAUGAGUAUUGGAAUUUUUUCUUUUCUCGCGAAUACAAAGCUUUUGUAAUCAUUCCCAAUUGAUAUUCGUUUACUUGGAUUCUACUACUACUUUCUUAUUUGAUAAAAAUAAGUGUGUAUGUACAAAAAGAGAGUCAAGAUUUUUAAGAAUAAUAUCGAUUACAUACUUGUAAAAAAAAAAACUGCAAAGUAAAAUGUAAGUUUUUGAAUAAACUUAGCAAGAAUUUUA